AUGACUAUCAGCUCAUCCUGGAAAUAUAAACCAACAGCCAUAAGAAUCGAAAUCUUCGAUGGAAGUGUCUCUGUAGAUGAUGACCCAGAAGACUUCAACGGUACUCCAUCUACCACUUUCUCCGCCUCAGCCCUCUUUCUCAUCAAUCAAGCCCUCCCAGAAGCAUAUAUUGUGUCCGUAUCUCCAAGACUCUCAGGUUUAGUAUCCUCAGCAAAAGAUGACAUCUCCGUCCCCAAAUACCGCCUACUAGCUGCUGUCUCUCCAGAUACCUUCACUGACUCAACUAUUAACUGGUACCCGGUAACUUUGCAAGGUGUUGAACCCCUUACAGACUUUAACUCUACUUUACGUCCAUUUCUUACCACAGAAUACGAACUCAUUCCGAAAACUCUGGGGAUCUCCAUGUCACACUCAGAACCUCUCGCUGUCACCGUUCUUCAACCUUCCAAAGCUCUUUUAGAUCGUAUCACUAUUGAAUGGGGGCAAAUAGACUUUUGCUCAGAUCCUUCCCUUCUAGCCGCAAAUCGCAAAAUCCGUAUCGAAAGUAGCCCAUUUGUACUCGUCAACCCAGUGCUUUUUUCAAACUAUUUAUCUAUUGGAACACUCUCAUAUCUGGCUACUCCAACCGCUACCAAACACUCUGCUGUAACUGCCAUCUUUAGCGAUGCCAGAUACCUCGACGGCAUGGACGGAGGACCUGUUUUCCAGGAUGCUAGCAACACUUGUAUUGGAUUUGUAGCAGGUGCACUUCACAAAAAAUCUGGCCAAGGUGAUUUGUCAGUCAUUGUACCAUGGGACCAAGUCUACAAGGCCCUAUCUACCAUUGUACAGUACCCCCCAGAUACAAUCCAAGAGUCCCGUCAAGAACCAUCCCCCCUAGAUACCUUUACAUGGCUAGCAUUUCACGGUGUGCUACUACUGGAAGUCUACCGCGACCAUUUGCGUCAAUCCUGGGGGUCCGGGAUUCUACUCGCUGACGAUAUACUCGUCACAAAUAGCCACAUGAUUGAAAACGGGUACCGCAAAAUCACAGCAUGGAUUUCAACUACGGAAUCUGUCGAGCUUGAAGAACUAGGGAACCCACUCCCAGGAAUUGACAUUAUCUUUUUCAAAGUCAAAUGGGGAAAUAAAAUGAACCCUAAAACCCGAGUUGUCAAGCCUGCACAGCUGUGCACCGACCCAAAGGCAUACACACCUGGCCGUAAAGUCUACUCUUUAGGUUAUGGCCUCAUAUACCCACGCAUGGCCACAGGUCUGCCUCUCCAACCGCUGAGAUCUUUGGGAAUCAUUUCUAACAUUGUAUCCAUGCCUCUGUUUACCACAGAUUCAACUUCUACUCCUGUCAUGCUUGUAUCUUCGGCAUGCUGCUGGAACGGGUCUUCAGGUGGUGCCGUGUUUGACGCGGAAACAGGACGUGUCAUUUCGCUCAUGACAAGCAAUGGCCGUGUCAACGAAACAGGCCAAGUCAUUCCACAAAUGGCCUUCACCCUGCCUGCUCUUGUAGUGGCCCGUGGGCUUGCAAUGCUCACAGAGAACCAAGUUAUUGAAGUCAAUCCCAAAGUAGAAACACUCUGGCAGCUCCGUGAGACCCACGAAAGUCUUAUGGUAGAAGAUAAGCCAUUAAAGGCCAAACUAUAG